CCCCGCCUUCCUUCCACUACAGACUGAUACACUUUUUAAGUCACACUUUUUCGCUCCAUUCUCUAUAACUAUAAUGGUAAUUUACUUGCUAAGAUGUUCUGCAUCAAAUGACAACAAGUGUUGGUUAUUAUUAUGAACCUUUCUCGACUGCUAUCAGUAUUCCAUGAAAUUUAAAUAUAAAUUUCUGUGAAGUUUUAAAAUUGCUGAAAUUAAGUUUGGAACCAACCAAUAAGUGGAAAGGUUUUCUGACACCUUUUUAUUUCAGAUGAGUCGGCAGUCGGAGGCCGAUUGCAAAACUCGCUUGACGAGGGGGGUAUUCGCCUGUUUGAUAUGUCUCAAAUUUUACGUUUUCCAGCAAUUCCUUCGGAAGAUGAGUUGGUAGUCAGGGGCCGAUUGGUAAACGAGACUUGCCAUAAACAAAUUGACAAUAUCGGUCCAAUUACAGUCACAUUUCCCUUUGAAAUUGGAGAGCAAUUUCACCAAGGAAUUUCUAGUAAUGUGGGCAAGGUUAAGAAACAGAAAACAGUUCUUUGUGAACACCUUAUCAAGUCUUCAAGCCAGAGAAACGAGUCACCUGCCAUGCCUGUGGACUCAUUGUUGCCACUCGAGGUCACCUGGAGAGGCACCAACGCUCCCAUGGAGCAAAUAAUACCUACAAAUGUUACCUAUGUGACUGUAGCUUCACCCGAAAGAAGAAAGUGUUGGACCAUCUUGAUAAAGCCCAUGGCAUAAUAACACCAAAGUUUGCUAUAUAAAGAAAGUGAUGCUCACAGUAACAUGACUGUAAUCAUUAAAAUGUUUAUAACUGAUUUAAAGAUUCUGGAUAUUUGAUGUUUAGCGAAGAUGAACUAGGGAAUACUUGUGUUUCAAACCAUACCACGGGUGGGGAUAGAACCCGCGAUCAGAGAGUCUCAAAACUCCAGACUGUCGCGUUAGCCACUGGUAUGGUUUGUUUGCAAUUGUGUUUCAAUGUAGAAUUCUUACCAUUCUGAAUGCAUGUGUUACAUGUAUAUUAUAAUAUGUAAAUAAUUGCAAGUAAUGAUUUUUGCUGUCAAAGAGUUAAUAAUUUUAUUAUGAAUGAGUUGUAAUAAUUUUAAGGUUGAACAUAAAUGGUAUGCAAUACCUGCUAGAUUUAUACUGGACACGUGCAACAUCUGGGUAUCUUUGUUGUAGACUUUCUGCCACCGAAGGGCUUCAUCAAUAUAAUUCAAGGACAUAAUUUGAAGACAGUGGUAGUCGUAAAGAAUUUCUAGAUGUUGCACAUGUGUUUAAUUUUCAUCAAUAAUUUUAAGUAUGAAUAAAGUUGCAAUUUAGUGUUAAUGACCUGGAUAUUUAAUAUCUAAUGAUGAUGAUCU